GCGGAGGAGCCGGGUCCGGGCGCUGCCUGAGACCGAGCUCGGGUCCUGGGGCCUCCCCCUCCAGAGGCAGGGAGAGGCCGCAUCCCGCCCGCCGGACCCUGGCCCAGGCCCAGGCCUUGGCCCCGGCCCGAGCGCCCGUCUGCUCCGGGGAGACGUCCCUGCGCCAGCCUGAUGAGGUCAUACCUGAAUGCAAGUGAUGGUGAAGCUGGGAAAAGGUUCCUCUAACCCGCCACCAGGAUGAAUCAUCUGCCGGAUGAUCUGGAAAAUGCCCUCAGCGGAAGUCAGGGCUCCCAUGCUUCUCUGCUCAACGUCCAUUCCAUCAACCCCAGCCAGCUGAUGGCCAGGAUCGAGUCCUACGAGGGCCGGGAAAAGAAGGGCAUCUCGGACGUCCGAAGGACUUUCUGUUUGUUUGUCACCUUUGACCUCUUGUUUGUUACCCUGCUGUGGAUAAUAGAGUUAAAUGUGAAUGGGGGCAUUGAGAACACCUUAGAGAAGGAGGUGAUGCAGUAUGACUACUAUUCUUCUUAUUUUGACAUAUUUCUCCUGGCCGUUUUCCGAUUUAAAGUGUUAAUCCUGGCAUACGCAGUGUGCAGGCUGCGCCACUGGUGGGCCGUAGCGUUGACGACAGCUGUGACGAGUGCCUUCUUACUAGCAAAAGUCAUCCUCUCCAAGCUCUUCUCUCAGGGGGCUUUCGGGUAUGUUCUGCCCAUCAUCUCCUUCAUCCUGGCCUGGAUCGAAACCUGGUUUCUGGAUUUCAAAGUGUUGCCACAAGAAGCAGAGGAAGAGACGAGACGUCUGCUGGUCCAGGACGCUUCAGAGAGGGCAGCCCUCAUACAACCGCCGGGGGGGCUCUCGGACGGCCAGUUCUAUUCUCCACCUGAAUCAGAAGCAGGUUCUGACGAGGAAUCUGAGGAAAAACAGGACAGCGAGAAGCCGGUCCUGUCGCUGUGAAAUGUGAAAGCCUGCGUGCCGGCUGGACGGCUCCGGAGGACCACGUGACCACGCACUGACCCUGCCCACCUGCUAAUCAAGAAUUAAUUUAUUGUCCUCCCCGCCCCCUCCGCGGGUCAGCCCGCCCUCCCGGGGCUGGCGAGGCCACGCCCCGCGUCUCCGCCCCCUUGUCCACCUCUGCGGUCGGUCCAGUCGAGUCUCCCCUUCUGGCGGAUGGUUCCGUCUGUCUUGUGGGUUUACUUUGUAUUUCUUUUUUAAAGACGCGCCCCGCGUGUUCGUCCACCCGCGUGUGAGCCCUUUGUACAGUCCUGACACGUGAAUAAAAGGCAGCCCGCCA